AUAAGUCUAUCUAUAAGCAUCUAUAAAUCUAUAUAUCUACACCCACAUAUACAUCUAUAUCAAUAUCUGUAUCUAUAGCACGGUUUCUCAACUUUGGCCCUAUUGACAUUUUGGGCUGGAAAUUUUGCAUUUUGGGCAGUUGCCCUGUAUACAGUAGAAUGUUUAGUAAUAUCUUAGGCCUCUAUUAGAUAUCAGUAGCACCCUUCCCCUAGUGUGACAUCUAAAAUGUCCCAUACAUUGACAAAUGUUCUAUGGGGAAGCAAAUUCCCCCCAACUGAUAGCUCUCGCUCUCCUCCAUUCCUCUUGCCCUAUCCAUCUCCUUCUAUCUCUAAGCGUUGUUGUUGUCUUUGGGUGCCAUUGAGUCAAUUGUGGGAGAUGGAUUUACUUUCAGCUACCUGUAUUAGAAGCUUUGGAUUUAACUUAUUUAUUUAGUAUACCAGCUUUGUGUGUGGAAAUAUACCAGACGAUACUACAUAAAGACAUUGACUAUGGUGAAUGUUUCUAUCCAGAAUAGGUUUCCUGAAAGACCAAGAUGGACAAACACAAUCCAACUGUGCUGAAUGAAUUCAUUCUGAUGGGAAUCACGGACCGUCCUGAGCUUCAGGCUCCAUUGUUUGGGCUGUUCCUCAUCAUCUACAUGAUCUCAGUAGUGGGUAACUUGGGCAUCAUCAUCCUCACCAAGAUGGACUCCAAGCUACAAACUCCCAUGUAUUUUUUUCUCAGACAUCUGGCUAUCACUGAUCUUGGUUAUUCAACAGCUGUGGGACCCAACAUGUUGGUAAAUUUUGUUGUGGAUGAAAAUACAAUCUCCUAUUAUUUUUGUGCUACACAGCUGGCUUUCUUUUCUGUGUUCGUAGCUAGUGAACUUUUUAUUCUGUCAGCAAUGUCCUAUGACCGCUACAUGGCUAUUUGUAACCCUCUGCUGUACACAGUCAUCAUGUCACAAAGGGUAUGCUGGGUGUUGGUGGUAAUCUCCUAUCUCUACAGCAUUUUUGUAUCUCUUUUCAUCACUAUAAAGAUUUUUAAUUUAUCCUUCUGCGGCUACAAUAUCAUCAGGCAUUUCUACUGUGACAGUCUCCCUUUGUUAUCUUUGCUCUGCUCAAGCACACAUGAAAUCAAAUUGAUCAUUCUUAUCUUUGCAACUUUGGAUUUAAUUUCAUCCCUCCUAAUAGUUCUUGUUUCUUACCUGCUGGUUCUUCUAGCCAUUCUCAAGAUGAACUCAGCUGAGGGCAGGCACAAGACCUUUUCUACCUGUGGAUCCCACCUGAUGGUUGUGAUAGUGUUCUAUGGGACUUUAAUCUUUAUGUAUGUGCAGCCCAAGACCAGUCACUCCUUUGGCACUGAUAAAAUGGCUUCCAUAUUUUACACGCUGAUUAUCCCUAUGUUGAAUCCCCUAAUUUAUAGCUUGAGGAAUAAAGAUGUAAAGUUCGCCCUACAUAGGACACGGAAAAAAAUAAGCAAUAUCUUUUCUAAAGUUUGAUGAACCAUAUGGUUCCUAUAAAUUACAUCAUAGACUUCAAACCUUGUCUGUAUGCCUCCAAUGGGAAUAGAAAACACAAAUACAUGCAACAUCUAUUUAUAAAUUGCCUUCUAUGUACCAGUUACUCUUCUAAGAGCUGUAAAUGCAUUGAUGAACAAAAGAGUAAAAUCCUUUGCCUUCUUUGAAAAGGAGAGGGGGAUCACAAACAUAAUAAGUCAAUUUUAUAGUACAGAAGAAUGUGUUGGAGCCAUGUUGCACAGGGUUUAAAGUGCUCAGCUGCUAACCAAAAGGUCGGAGUUUCAAACCCACCUGUGGGAGAAAGAGGUGGCAGUCUGCUUCCAUAAAGAUUUACAGCCUUGGAAACCCUGUGGGGAGUUCUACUCUGGCUUGUAGGGUUGGUACGAGUUGGAAUCAAUUCGUUGACAGUGGGUUGAUUAGCUUUUUCGAAAAUGUGUUGGGAACCAUGAAAUCAGGCAAAAAGAGUGGGUGGGUACGUUGAGUUGGAGUGGGAAAAAGCACUAGGCACAAAAGUGGUGUUACAAUGAUUCAGGUGUUAUUUCAACUCUUAGAAUAACUUUUGCAGUGUCAUCACUUGUGUUUGUGUAUCUGUAUACCUCUUGCCUUCUGUUUUAGUCUUCACCGUCUUCUAAGAGGGGCUAUUAGAUUCAAACCAGGUUGCAAGCAGUGUAAGUGUAUGUGAUGAUCUGAAGAACUCAGUUACCUGAAUUUGCUUAAAUGCCCCCAUUCCAGAGCUUGAAGCUUCACUCUUUACUCAUUAAUGCAUUUACUCUCACAUGUAAAUCUGUUAAUUCAAGAUAUCUUGCAAUUUAGCAAUUCACCAAUUCAACUCUGCAUCUGACAUUGUUUUAAUCAAGCCAUUUUACCUAGAUCAGAAUAUACACCAAUAAAGAUAAAUUUAUUGAG